AUGGCACGUUUUCACUUGAAACCUCAACAACUGCUUCAGAUUCUUGAAAUAUUAGGAGUGUUAUCCAGUACAUCGCCAAAACCAAUAUCUGGAAAAUUUAACAUUAUUUUUCGAACUAUUGUUUGGUGUCUCACCUUCGGCAAUUUGAUAUUUCAAUUAGUCGGCGAGAUGCUCUUCAUUUAUCACAAUCAAGAUGAUAGCAUUUUGGUGCUAAAAACUAUAUUCGUAGCUGCUUGUGUUUCUGAUGGGGUCCUAAAUCUUAUAUUAUGCCACAUUCAAAAAAAGCGACUUCAAUAUCUCUUUGAAGAAAUUGAAAACUAUCUACAGACUGCCGAUAAAAAUGGCAUAAAUAUUCUGCAGAAUCAUGUAAACCGUUAUUCUUUAGUAUUAGCAGCAAAUACUUUUUUGCUGUCCUGUGCUGGAUUGAUCAUCUGCCUUCGUCCUCUGAUCACAAAAGACCGCUUUCCAGUUGAUGUGUGGUAUCCAUCUUUUAUGGAUACACCAUUUAGAUCAUUUUUAAUUUAUGUGUCGCAAAUUUUUGCUGGCACAGAAUGUGUUCUAUGCUUCAAUACAGAUAUCUCAAUUGCCAUAUUUCUCUGCUAUUCGACAGCUAGGCUGGAAGUAUUACAACAUAAUUUAGAAAGUACAAAAACUAAAGAUUUUAUACAUGCAUGUGUUAAAGAGCAUCAAGAUAUUAUCAAGUUUGUUGAAUUGACCCAAGAUACGGUACAAUAUUUAAUUCUAAAACUCAAUCUUACUAUGGGCACAGCUGCAGUUUGUAGUCUCUUUCCAUUGAUUAUUGAUCAACCUUUGGCAGUAAAAGUUCAAUUUAUAUUUUCAUUUCUUAGUGCGUGCGAAAGAUUUUACAUCAGCGCAUGGUCAGCAAAUGAUUUGAGUGAGAUGAGCAAACAAGUAGCAUACAGCUCUUCGUUCGAAGAUUAUAUGACACCAGAAACUGUAAAUGAUAUUUUGUUUAUAAUACUGAGAAGUCAAAAACCUCUUACAAUAUCGAUGGCAAGUUUUCUUCCCGUUCUCUCUUUAGAAUAUUUUGGAAAUUUUAUGAUAAAGGCAUUCUCUUAUUUUACAGCAAUGAAUAGUAUAAUCAAUACUUAA